GUAUUUAUUUGCUGAUUUGAUAUAGGCGGGUUAUCACAGGACAGAGCACAUUCUAAGCAGCACUAUGAUUCUGAAACUUGUAGCUCUGUUUGCUUGCGUGGCCUACGCAUCGGCUGCCAUCAGCUCUUCUUGUCUUGCCUGCAUCUGCGAGGUGGAGUCCAACUGUAGGGCGUUGUCGUGUCGUAUGGAUGUGGGAUCUUUGUCCUGUGGAUAUUACCAGAUCAAAUCAGCGUACUACAGCGACUGCCACUCCCCUGGUUCCGGCUGGCAGUCAUGUUCCUCUAGCAAGUCUUGCGCUGACCAGUGUGUGAGGAACUACAUGGCCCGAUAUGGGACGUACUGUACUGGAGGCCGGACUCCCACAUGCGAGGACUACGCCAGAGUUCACAAUGGCGGACCAUACGGCUGUAGACACUCUAACACUCUUGGCUACUGGCAGAAGGUGCAGGCUUGCCUGAGCAGAGGCAAGAAGUAAGCUGGUUUGUUGUUAUACCACAUCGGUGUAUGUCAUGGUCUUCGCGUGUAACUAUGUUCAAAGAAAAUAAAGCAAGUGAGGUUAACGUCA